AUGAAACCUUGUGGAAGUCUCAUCCUCAGCCGAUACAUCUCCACUUCACACAAAUACAUAUACUCCGCUCCCUUUUCAAGAACCAUUAAACACUCUCUUUCUGCCCAUAUGAGUCAAGAUCAAGCCGUUGAUAAGGUAAAUGAAGCAGUCGCACUGCUAGCGAUCGAAAAAAAGCCGAAACAGCGUAAAGCACAAACAGAAGAAGAGUUCCUCGCACAGAAAUCCCAAUUCGAGGCUGCUGGACCUCAGAUCAACGCACAGAACUGGCUAUUCCAAGAUCAAAUCCUAAACAAUUUGGACAACAGCUUGAAGUUCGACCGUGUGCACAUGCUACAUGUCUGUGAAAAGGCAUAUUUCGAACGCAAUUAUGAGCAGUGCCUUGAGUACAUAAAAAGAGCAGAAACACUUUACGGUGUGGAUCUCGACAACGCUUCAGACAAUGAAGACAUCAAACAGAGCUUUUCCAGCGCAGGCCGCAAAACAAAGAAAAGCAGCAAAGUUGAGCGGCAUGUGGUUGAGCUUCUACACAUCAAAGAAGCCUGUUUAAAACGAAUGCAGAGUUCGUAG